UGGAGUUUGGGACACACACGCCCACUCGCAAAAGUUCUCGGCAGUCGCCGCACCCGGACGUUGGCUAAGCUACAGCGGCAGCAGCCACCGAUACCGAAAGAUGCAGACCAUAAAGUGUGUGGUGGUGGGAGACGGAGCAGUGGGAAAAACCUGCUUGCUGAUUUCUUACACAACCAACAAAUUCCCAUCAGAAUAUGUGCCUACGGUAUUUGAUAACUAUGCUGUCACUGUGAUGAUUGGAGGAGAACCAUACACACUUGGCCUUUUUGACACCGCAGGUCAGGAAGAUUAUGACAGACUGCGGCCACUCAGCUACCCUCAGACUGACGUGUUCCUUGUGUGCUUCUCUGUUGUCUCACCUUCCUCCUUUGAGAAUGUCAGAGAAAAGUGGGUACCAGAGAUCUCUCACCACUGUCCCAGGACUCCUUUCCUGCUGGUGGGUACUCAGGUUGACUUGAGAGAUGACAGUAACACAGUGGAAAAGCUUGCCAAGAACAAACAACGUCCCCUGUCGCCCGAGAGUGGAGAAAAGCUGGCCAGAGACCUAAGAGCUGUCAAAUAUGUUGAAUGCUCCGCCCUCACACAGAGAGGUUUAAAGAACGUGUUUGAUGAGGCCAUUCUAGCUGCGCUGGAGCCUCCUGAGACCAAACCCAAGAAACGCUGCAUUCUCUUAUAGAGGAGAGAAUGGAGAAAAAGAGAGAACCAUGGAAUUUGGGAAAAGGUUGAUCCGAGGGCGAGAAAUCUGAGGCAUUCAGUCAGUGCCUUUAGUUUUACUGAAUUAAUAAGAGUGGUUUGUGUGGUAAUAUGCUGUACAUAUCUCGUCCUAACUAAAGAUCAGUCUUUCUACAUUCAAACAUUGAAUGCCUUGAACAGACUUGGAGAUGUCUGGUAGUUUUUAUAAACUUUUUUUGGAUCCAUAUGUUUGCCAUAACUAACUCAGCCCCAUCACCAGAAUAGUUUGAUUUCUAAUUUUUUUUUCCCAGCGCAAAGCUCCAACUUUAACUCUAUCUGCAGUUUAAAGAAGAAGAAAAUGGUCGUGAGAUCAGUCCUUCUGUUCCUCCUUUUGUGUUUGUCUACGUUGACACAACUGGAACUCCAAGUGUUUAUUACCUCCUUCCUGCCCUCUGCAGGUCUUAGAAUGAACUGAAUUUUUAUUAUUCCUUUAUUUUCUGUCGUUUUUUUUUUUUUUUUAAGAUUUUGGCAUAUUAAUAAUGAGUAUUGAACUAUUUCUUUCCUUUUUAUUUUUGGGAGUGGGUGUUAAGUGGUUAGGAGUUUUUUUUAUUGCUAUUUUUAAUAUUGUAUGAUUUAUUCUAGUUUUUUAUUUUUUACUUUUUUUUUUUGAGUGCCACUUCAUUGCUUCAGUUGGUGUUUUUGGCUUAACAAAUGUAACUGCAUUCUACUGAUUUAUUAAAAUAGCUGGUCUUUACAUUGGUAAUAAUUACAAUGAUAGCAAUAACAGUUACAAAUGAUAUGAAUGCAGGAGUGGAAUUAAUGAAAAUGACUAAUUAAAAAAAGAUGAACAGGAAACAAUAUUUCAUUUUACGGCACCAUACAAUACGAUCUAAAUUCUCCCUGGUCAGAACUGUUUUUAUGCCACGCAAAAACAUCAGUGAAUAAAUUUGUCUGUGAUGUUACACAAGUGUCCAGUCUUAUCCACAGAGGACUGGUGUGACUGCAGGGUUUCAGUCCAAACAUGCUGGAGCACACCUGAUUCCACUUGUUUAAUCAGUUGGUCUCCAUCUUCAAAUAGUUGUUAACAUUGUUGCUCCAGUUUUGUUAGAAUGAAAACUUGCAGCCACACCGGCCCUUUGCAGAUGAGGUCGGACACAUAUUAGAAUAUGAUAGGUUGGACAUAACCUAUAUAGCUUUGAAUUUUGUCCUGAAUUAGUUUCUUUAAAAAAAAAAGUUUCAAAUGGUCUUAAUUGCCCCACAGAGCCUCAUUUCAGAUCUGGUGCUUGUGUUACAUACAACAGUACACAGUACAGCCACACAGUACACACUAUUUCAUAAUCAGGGCUGCGUUUGGAACAAGAUGAGCAUAUUCUAAAGUCAGACCACAAAUAUAGUAUAUGAAUUUAUCUUGUUUUCAUGUGGAACAUGAAAUGCAAAAAUUUUCAGCUCCAAAAACUUUUCCGUACUGUCUUUUUUUUUGCUAAUUUUUUAAAGAUCUUAAGCAAACUCUAAACAUUGCACUUAAAUAAAAAAAAAUGGGAAA